CAGAUAUCGUAGAAGUCCAUUUGUUCCUUGGAUCGAGUCCAGGUGGCUUCAAUACCGUUUGUCUACUCGGUUGAAGAAAUUUUCACAAUUGGACUUGAACAGCUCAUCUGUUCAUACUUCCUACAACCAUUUUUUGUCUUUUGGGAACAUAGAUGGAGGAGUGGUUCGUGAUGAUGAUGCAUGUGUCCUCUCCACAGGGUACAAGCGUCAGAUGGUUGUACCUGUAGUACAUUGCCUCUCCCCAGAUAGGGGAGAAGGGUCCAGCUUGCAGUCAAAUAGUGCAAUGCAAACUGGCAAAGAGCCUGCGAAAGAGGCUCCCAAGGAACCAAUUUUUACCUUCCCAAUAUGUUGGAACAAUUUGAAGGAGCCUUCCACGACAAUUUGUGGCCAUAUCUUCUGUGCGGGGUGCAUCAAGCAAGCCAUCAAGGUUCAGAAGAAAUGUACAACUUGCAGGAGCCUGAGAGCAAACAAUUUCCACGGCAUUUACCUUCCUAACUCUGGUAGUUAAGGUGAAUUCCUUUACCUAUCUGAUAGCUUGUAGUAAUUUUCUGGUUGAUCAACUGAACUUCAUUGUCAUCCAAUAAUACUGAUCGAUUGGCUGUGUCAAUGUGGAACCUCUGGACAUAAGCCAAUUGCGACGACUAAGAUGGCCUCCGCCACCAAUGGAUUGAAUUCGAGUUUAGUCACUUGUUGCCUCUGACAGCUUCAGAAUUUUAUUGUGUUGUUGUAUGCAUCAGGCUAUCGGCAUUAGUUGAUCAUCGUAACUGAGAUUUGCUUUAAGUUGAAAUGGUAUUAGCUAGUUGCAAAAAUUAGCCUUUAUUAAUACUUUCGUUUGGUGC